AUGAGUCAGAAGGGAAAAAGACCAGCUAGUGAAGACGCUUCUCCAACGUCGGGAGGAGCUACUAUGCCUAAAAGGAAGUUCAAGAUUGCACAAAUAACAGAUGAUCACAACCGUCAAGUUACUUUCUUGAAACGAAAGGCAGGACUAAUGAAGAAAGCAUAUGAGCUCUCGGUGCUGUGUGAUUGCGAAGUCUCCUUGAUUAUAUUUCAAGACUCCAAGAUUGUUCAAUACAACAGCUCAGACGUUGACAGGAUACUCCUGAGAUAUACUCAGUACAAUGAACCUCAUGAGUCACGGACCAAUGAAGAUUUUGCCAAAUUGACCAAGAGCAACCAAGACGACAUGGAAGGAGAUUCUGAUUCUCCUCGGAUUUCCAAAUUUGAUGACGACAAUUCCAGAACAGGAAUGAAAACUGCCGAACCAACGUCAUCCGGCUCGUCUUCUCCGCUCUCAUCCCCGACACGACAAUCCUCGUAUACCUUUGAUCAAGAAGAUAAUGAUCCAACUCGAAACAUACCGCACCAUGUCCUAAAAGCCAUACCGAUAACGGCCUCUGCUAAAGUAGAUGAAGAGCUUAAAAAGGUCUUCACGCUUUUCCUUCGAGACUACGUCACAGUCUGGUACAAUCUGAUCUCUGAGGAUGAAGAUUUCGUCAAUGCCGUACUCCACACAUAUAUUCAUUUGGUACGAGAAUUGGAACGUAGACUCAAAGUAAUUGACUGGGUUAUGCUGUUGACGCAUGAUUUGCCUAACGUGCUACGCCGUCACGUAAACGAUUAUCGAAUGUGUAAGGAUAAACUAGGAUCUACAUACGCAGGAGGCAAAUCUCUGGAGGAAUUGUUUCAUGGAACGCAGCCUCAUAUUGCACUUGAGUCUCCAGAGGCUGAAGAAGAGUAUCUGAGAAGAACUGCUGAAAAGUUGACUCAGGUGCUGUUUCCACUAUUUGAGAGAAAGUGUGAGAUCGUUAGAGUCUUGCUUCGGGAGAUGCUAGGGUCGUGUACCCUGCAUUUUAGCUUUAAUUCGGUCUCAGAGCCAGAUUAUAUCAACCAGUUGCUCUUGACGCUGCUCGGUGGUGACGAGGAGGGCACCGAGACUCCGGUGUGUUCAGAGAUAUCAACGCCAGCUCAUCCGUAUGCAGGGCUGGGCAAUCUCGUCAAAACAAAAUCAUCACGUAAUCUAUCCAGACAAUCUCUGCCCAUGAAUCCUAUGGAUCAUAGAAUGAAUAGUCGCUUGUCUGGUGAAUCUCAACGAGGCUUGUUCGGUGUUUUGAAACGUAAUCGUCCAAAACGAACCAACAAGGCUCUAGUCGCUUCUGGUCGUAUAACAAACACUAUUGUGACUGGAAUCAAGGGACUUGCACAUGGUGGACUCGAGCGGGUCUCGAGCUCAAUAGAUCGAAUCAAGAAUAUAUUGCCGAAUGAUUCCAAAGAUAUUCAAAAUCGUGACCGUCGUGGUAAAACAACUCGUCAGUCGACAGAUCUCAUGAUGGAUGACGCAUGGAAGGCCACACAUGCUCUAAAUAAUAAUAGUAGCGAUGGUGGUGAUGACCUCAUAUGGAAUGGUGGCUCGUGGUCUGUGAAUGACUCCAAUAAUGAUGGUGAUUCUUAUAACAAGCCACGUAGAAAAUUUCGUAAACAGAGUCCAAGUCGACAGCUAUCAUCAGACUCGGACUGGUCUGAUCGAGUCAACCCUCUCAAUAUAAGACGACGAAAUCGAUCCAACAGCCCUACCAAAGUAAACAACAACCCAUCACUAACACCACCAACAUGGUCUGACUCGGCCUUACGCCUAGUAAACGAUUCUCCCAGGAUCGGAAUCAUAACCACAGCAGGUCCUUCAGAUCAUAUGAGACCUUCACCAUCACUUAUACCAGCACCGUCAUUCAAAACAUGGGAAGGAAGUCGAACGCCAACGCAAGAAGAGUUUGGUGUACCUGAGGUAAAAUUCAAUCCGCCAUCUCCAGAACAGUAUGACAGAAAUACUGGUUCCGAUGAUGACGAUGAAGAUACUCCCUUAUACGAUGCUCAAGAAGACAUACAAUCUCCUAUGGGGACGAUACCCGAUGUAGUUGUUGAGGAAGAAGAAGCAGACGACGAAGUAGGAGACUCGCCUACAACUGUUGAUUUAGAUGAACAACAACAAUCAACAGGAAUGUUGUGGGAGUGGUUUGGUGAAUUGAUAAAUCAGCUGCAUCUCAUAUACCAGGAUAUGACUUCAGGGCCAUGGCGGCUUGGUCCUAUAGAUACAUCAAGAUAUAGUGGUCUCUGUCUUCAUGAGCCUGUUGCUGAACUCUUUCGAGACGUGGUUAAAGAUGUUCAAGAAGGCAUACAAUGGACUCGUUGGUCACUUGUGUCGUUUACUCGACCUUUUGUGCGCUCUGUUCUGUCACCAGUCAUAAAUCGAGCCAUCUUGUGGGGUGUUUAUAGAUGCAUUGAGGAAGAUAGUGUAGCGGGAUAUCUCAAGAACUUUCGUGAUUCGUUCUGGCCUGAUGGAGUGCUUGCUACAGAACCUCUCCCAAGAAGUCGAAUAGAGUCGGCAAUGACAAAAACUGAAGUAGAGGCCAGACUCAAAGCAUGCGUCCCACCUGUCCUUAAGACCUUAAUUGGCCAAGAAGCUGCUGACGAUAGACUUAUGCUAAUGCUCGAAGCACUGCAGAACAAAGAGAUAAACAAACAUCUGAUGUUUGUGAUGUUGGACUUAGUCCUAAAUCGUCUGUUUCCAGAGCUGUAA